AUGAUGGAGGGGAAGAACAUCACCAGGCUGAGGCCGAAUGUCCCGCUGGCGCCGGUGCCGUUGCCUGCGCCUGGGGCGGCGCGGGAUGGGGCGGAGAUUGUGAGGCAGUUGAGGGGGUUGUCUCGGUCGAGUAUGGGUGGCGGUGGCGGUGGCGGUGGCGGUGGUGGUGCGAAGCUGGAGCUUGUCAAGGUGAUUGAGCUUGAGGGGGAGUUGUGGGAGCCUGAGGGGAUUGUGAGGCUUGCGGGGGCAGAGGUUGGGUCUGCUGCUGCUGCUGCUGCUGAGGGAGGAGAGAAGGCAGGGGAGACGGGAGGGGGGGAGGGACAGGGAGAGGGAGAGGAGGGUGAUGAUGGGGAGAGGUUUUGGGUUUCGGCGGGGGAGUAUACCGUCCCGACGGAGAGGUUUCCUGACGGGAGGUGGAUUGACGGGACGGAUCGGAGUGCUGGGGCGGGGUUUGCGCAUUUUGUGGUGUUUGAUGGGCGGGGGAGACGGGUUGCGGAUUGGGUUGUUUCGAGGGAGGGGGAUUUGGAGUAUCAUAAUGGCGGGAUGGAUUAUGACGGGCGGUAUAUCUGGGCUACGCUCUCGCAGUAUCGGCCGAAUUCGACGGGGACGGUGGUGAGGGUUGAUCCGGUGGGGGUUGAGAUGGAGAGGGUUUUCAAGGUGGGGGAUCACCAGGGCGGGAUUGUGCAUGAUGUCCAGACGGGGAGGUUGAUUACGCUGGGAUGGGGCGGGAGGGUUGCGAGGAGGUGGGAUCUUGCGAAGGGUGGGAGUGUCGUGGGUGAAAAGACUGGUAGUGGUGGUGGUGAUGGUGGUGCGGUUGAUAAAGGGGACCAGGUUCAGCUUGGAACUGGAGAGGGGGAUGGUGGAGGGAUAUUCGACGAGCCGGAGACGACGGUCGUGAACCCCUCGCACUGGAUCGAUUACCAGGACUGCAAGUCGCUCGGGCACGUCGACGGCAGGGCUCUGAUGCUGUGUUCUGGCAUCGCGACGUUGGCGCCCGGGGUGGAGGUGGGCGGGCUUGCGAUUGUGGAGGCGGAGGGGAUGGUGCCUGUUUGGGAGGUGCCUUUUAUGGAGAGGACGGGGUCGGGGCUGGGGACGGGGACGGGGGCCGGAGGGGGAAGGGCUCAGAAGAGCGUUUUGAUGACGAAGAACCCGAUGGAUGUUGCUGUUGUUGGGGGGCGGGUGAGGUUGUAUUUUGCGCCCGAGGAGGGGAGGAGUCGGGUUUUUGUGUAUGAGGUUUGUGAGGGGUGA